AUGGGUAGCGAUAGACGACCAAGCCUCUCCAACAUGGAGCCCACCAGCAGAACGCCCAAACUUGGGGUCAUUUCCGGCGUUUACAUCCCCGUUUGCCUUAACAUCUUCAGCAUUCUCAUGUUCCUUCGGUUCGGUUGGAUUCUCGGCCAAGUUGGACUCCUGGGCAUGCUUGGAUUGUUGGUUACUGCCUAUCUCGUGGACUUUCUGACAACACUCUCACUCUCUGCUAUAGCUUCCAACGGCGAGGUUAAGGGUGGAGGUGCCUAUUAUGUGAUUUCCAGAUCCCUUGGCCCCGAAUUUGGUGGUUCCAUCGGCGUGCUAUUUUAUCUUGCCCAGGUCUUUAAUACCGCUCUUAAUGUUGUUGGUCUCAUCGACUGCAUCAAGUUGAACGCGGGAGACUCCUUCUCUCAAGGGUACUGGAUGAGCUACUUCCUGCAGACGUUAGCUUUACUACUCUGCACUGGGUUGGGCUUGGCUGGAAGCGGCACAUUCGCGAAAGCCAGUAAUGCACUUCUAGUCGUUCUUUCUCUUGCCAUCAUGAGCAUUCCAAUAUCUGCCCUCUUCAAGACCCCAUUUCAGGAUGAUGAUCUUGGUGUGCGGUUUACGGGCUUCAGUCUCGAGACACUGGUGGAUAACUUUGCCCCUCAUACAAAAAGCGAUACAUAUAAGGGCUUUGAGACCUUCCGCGAGCUCUUCGCUGUCCUCUUUCCCGCAACGUCAGGGAUAUUUGCUGGGGCUUCAAUGUCUGGGGACUUGCUCAGUCCGAGUAAAGACAUCCCAAAAGGGACACUCUGGGCGAUGAUGACUACCUUCAUUGCGUACUUGGUAGUUGUUUUCUCCAUGGCUGCCACUACCACCCACUCUUCAUUUCUCAACAACACCAACAUCAUAUCAGUUACCAAUCUUUCCAUGCCGCUGAUUCUUGCUGGAGAAUGUGCCGUUACCUUCUUCUCUGCUGUCAUGGGACUGAUUGGUGCAGCAAAACUCAUGCAAGCUCUGGCUAGGGACAAGCUACUUCCAGGCCUAACGCCAUUCAGCUGGGGAACGAAAAAGACCGAUGAGCCUAUAUAUGCCAUUCUUUUGACUUACGGACUCGCCCAACUCGCUAUGCUCGCCAACCUUAACCAGAUCGCCACGCUCAUUUCCAUGGGAUAUCAGAUGACGUUCUUCGUCAUGAAUUUAGCAUGCUUUCUACUCAAGAUUGGAUCGGCGCCGAAUUUCAGGCCUGCCUUUAAGUUUUUCAGCUGGCAGGCUGCCCUUGCUGGUAGCGUCAUGUCCGCAGCGGCCAUGUUCUUCAUUGACCAGACGUAUGCAGCAACUGCAAUUUGCUUGCUCAUAUUCCUUUUCUACCUGAUUCAUUAUCUUUCUCCGCCGAAGAGAUGGGGUGAUGUUUCCCAAAACUUGAUUUAUCACCAGGUCAGAAAGUAUCUCUUGCGGCUCCGACCUGAGCAUAUCAAGUUCUGGCGCCCGCAGAUCAUUUUGCUGGUCAACAAUCCCAGAACCCAAACAAGACUUAUUCAGUUUUGUAACUCCAUGAAAAAGGGUGGAUUAUACAUCCUCGGCCAUGUCAUCGUGACAGAUGAUUUCAACAGUGGCGUCCAUGAAGCGAGGCUCCAGCAGGCUGCCUGGACCAAGUACAUUUCAGAGUUUUCAAGGAUCAAGGCGUUUGUGCAGUUGACAAUGUCACCGACUAUCAAUUGGGGAAUUCGAAAUCUAAUAUUAUCUGCGGGUCUUGGUGGCAUGCGGCCCAACAUCGCUGUCAUGGGUUUUUAUAACUUGGAUGACCUGAGAAGUUCGCGACCGUCACUGGCAGUACCAAAAGCCCCGAGCUCCUCUCUUCCCGCUACUCGACCGCUCAAGUCUACGGAAAGGCGUCCGCGCAGAAGGCGGGGCGACACCUCAGCUCGUUUAAUGGAAGGUUUUCUGCCCACCGAUGUGAUGAAGACUGAGGGUAUGAUGAGCGUAACCAGUUACAUGACUAUGUUGGAAGACCUCGCCUUGAGAUACAAGCUCAAUGUCGCAGUUGGGAAAGGGUUUGAGAGGCUGGAAACGCCACGUAAAGAUAACACCAACACGAAGAAGCAUAUUGAUCUCUGGCCGAUUCAAAUGUCGGCAGAGGUUUUGUCGGAUGGGAAAAGCGUCCUGACCACCAAUUUUGACACUUACACCCUCAUUCUCCAGCUCGGCCAUAUUCUCCACAACGUACCUGCAUGGAACAAAGUCUACAAAGUUCGUAUCAUGGUAUUCGUAGAGUAUGAGAGUGAGGUGGAAGAAGAGAGGGCACGUGUCAAGGCGCUCUUGGAUAAACUCAGGAUCGAGGCUGAGGUUAAAGUAUUCUGGCUGGCUUCUGGGCAGCUGAAUACGUACGAGUUGAUCAUAAAUGGGCAAUCCAGCGACAUCGAGUCUCAAAUCCUGGUACAUGAUGUCCUCAGAGACGAAGAGUGGUGGGAUGACCUUCAGAAGUUCCGAGGGCAGGUUCCGAACUUUGACUCGACCGACGAGCUAACCUCUUUUGCGAACAUCAUCGAGUCAACAGCAGGACGUCCUGGGGUUUUCAACCCACACAUCCCACUGGAGGAUAUAGAAAGUGGACGUCGGCCGAGCUUGGUGCAUUUCGGCGAAAUACCCACAAGGCCUACCGUGUCAAAGCUUUCCCGGCUUGGCGUCAGUGUUGGCAUUCAUACGUCUCACCUGGGAGAUGAGGUCUUUGAGGAGGAGUCCAACACGGACGAUGAACUCAGCGAGCAAGACCAACAACCUUCGUGCUUGGAUUCCGAUUCCGAAUUCGAGCACGGAGCAAGCGAAUACAGUGAAGACGAGGCGCCAGAGCUCGAGACUCCGAGGCGUCCCUUGCUUGGUAGAGGCCGUGGACGAAGCCAGAGCGAUGACUUGCUCACCACGCCAUCUAAACACAGGCGUAGUGCAUCUUACAGAUCCAACAAGACUGCGGCACCAAGUACAACCUAUGGUACCAUGGUGGCGCAAGCUCGGGUUGAGGGCCAGUCAGGGCCAAGCCACAUGGCACUCGGUGACAAUGUGUCAGCCCCUCCUACUCCGCUUGAACGACCUGUUUUGGAUCGCAACAUUACUGCGCGAUCGAUGGGCGGGGUUCGGCCGACAAGUGGAGAUUCCUAUCCCGACCUACCUUCGGCAAGCGCUUCUGGUUAUGCGACCCCUUCAAGGCCGACUCUCUCUAGGCAAUCGUCGGCGGUUCGCUUUUCGAGCCGACCAGUGCCAGAGACGCGAGUUGAUGUUGAAGGAACAUCCGGGCCGACCAUUAUGUUCGCAGACAAGACAGAGGAAGAGACGCCGCGAGCGGAACGACCCGCUUUUUCAAAGCAAUCUUCAUCGGGACGAGUCUCCAACCGCCGCGUCCCAGAGAUGAAGGUGACAUCGGCUGAGGAGUUUGACCCUCCAACUGCGUUUGCGGAACCUUCUUGCAGAUCUCGCAAGGCUUCCGUAGCAUCCACCGCCGAUCAGGGUUAUGUCCACAUGAAUAUGGCAGAGCUCGUGGAACGCUACAGAUUAGACUCAAGGCCACACGGCGAAGGAGACGGUUCACCAUACUCUACACAAGGCCUCGCCCUCUCAUUCAACGACCUGCCAUCCCGAGCACAGCAUGUCAUACUCAACGAGCUUAUUCGACAGAACAGCAAGGAUACAGCUGUAUUGCUUACCACUCUGCCAGUGCCUACCGAAGGAACUUGCCAGGAUGAGCUGGCGAGUGUGCAGUAUCUUUCGGAUGUCGAGGUCCUGUGCCACGAGCUACCUCCAGUCCUCUUGGUUCUGAGUAAUGCGAUGACUGUUACGGUUGGGCUAUAA